CAAACCAUCAACUACAUGGUUGUUGAGUCAGCCCACCUGCUUCCCUGUCCUUCCCUCUGUGGGGCUCAAACCUGUGGAAGAGCUAAUAAUCUCAGACUGGUGCCACAAGUGAGCAAGCACCGAGGGCCCAAGUGUUUUUCCUCCCCUGCUGUCUGGGACUCAGGACAGAUGUUGUGUCUGACUCCAUCUCCCCCAUCCAGGAUCUGUGGCCUGGUUGAGGCAAGUGGAACCUCAUCAAGGACUUCCCCAACAGAGGAAGUCCUGGGGUCUCAGAAUUCAUUGAAAUUUUGUUUUGGGACAUUUGGAAGAAUCAGCCACAUGGGAGAACCUGCCCUUGAGUGGGGUAUGUCAGCCAAGAAUAGAGGCCAUUUAUAUAUGGCCCUGGGGGCAGCUGUUGGCCAUGACUGAGGGCCCGUAUACAAGCUGAUUCUCAGUGAAUCCUUCUGUGGAGUGGUGGUGAUGGUGACGUGUGCCAAAGGCCUCUCUGCCACAUCACUUCCUUAUUGAAAGCCUGAGGAAGAGUGCAAAUGUAUGUGAGUGUGUGUGUGUGUGUGUGUAUGCGUGGCAGGACUGUGACAGAUGUCAACUUGUCACAUGAUGUGUCCUUGAAGCUGGCCGGGGAUUGCCAGCCCAGGAAUUGUGCUCCAUGAGCUUUGUCAUUCAUGAAUGGUACUUCCCUGAGCCUGAUGACAGGAGUGGUGGGUAGAUGGAAAGAGGGAUAAGGCCUUGGUGAGUAUGGGUUCUAAAAGGGUCUUAGGAGUUUUGAAGAAAGUAAGAGGGCAAACAUGGGCCUUCUGUACUGGGUUUCCAGGGAAUAUGGCCCCAAAAGAAUCAAGCAGUGUCUUGUCACUCCCGUCUGAAUAAAGCUCCAUGAGCUGGGUUGGAAAGCUGAAUAUCCAUCUUGCUUUUCUUCUUAAUAUCUCUGGGGUCCCCAGGGAUGUCUGGUCUUUGCUUCUCCCCAUAUAAGGCCUGGGGAUAGUUGGCUCCGCCUUGCCACUAUUCACUUUCCAAUAUCCCUGGAAAUGGUGAAAUGCCUGACUCCUGUCUUCUGGCUAAGGAGCUUUAGGGCAUCUCUGACCCCCUUUCAGGCUUUAUAUUCUUACUACCUAAGGCCAGUGUCCUGCUACCACCUGCCCUCAGGGCCGCUCAGUCUCAGCUGCUCUGACCAGCUGUGGCUUUCCAUGUCACCCCACUGCUGAGGCCACCUGUGGGCCCAUCCUCAGAGAGGAGAAUGAGGACUGGCCAAGGGCCCCAGGGACCACCUUUCCUUCCACCUUUGUUACCCCCACUCCCACAUCAUGCUUGUGUGAGAAGCGGAGACAGGGCUGUCCAAAGCUGUCUUUUUGUACUUAACAGUCCUAAGGCCCAUGACCUCACAUUGCCUCAACUCUGAUCAUGAUUACACUUUAAGGUAGAUUCUGUCUCCUCUCCCUGCCACCCCCCACCUGUCACCCACUGGACUGUGUUUCUCAGAAACUUUAGGUGGCCUUGCCUCCUGGCCUAACUUCUGGAAAUAUGGUGUUCCUGGGGAGGAAUUUGCCUGGUAUUUGCGGCCUAGCAGCCUCUGGGAAAACUGAGGGAGGAACUGAGAAGAGGGGGACUGUGAACUAUGUACGGACACCAGAGAAGAGGAUGUGACUUUUAGUCUCUUAUGUCUAAAUUAGGAAUACAAAUAUGAAUUUGGUUUUCCCAUGGAAAACUUCACCUUCAGCUGACUGUUCCCAAUGCCUCUCCUCUAAACUCAGUUAAACUCAGUUCUAUCUCCUGGCCCCACUGGCUGUAUCAUCAGCCCUUCCACCUUCCUGAUCACAGAAAUCAGAAAGCUCAGAGACACAGCUCUUGUCCACACUUGAUAAAUGUGUGCACUGGAUCACUCAGCCUGGUGCCUCCACAGAUGCUUGCACAACCCUGAGAGUGAACACCUCCUUAGACUUUGCAUCCUAGGGGCCUCACCCUGGUCCUGGUCCUGCCAUAGCGCCAGUUCCAUUUGUCCAUGAGCAUAUUUGGAUAGCCUCUGAGUCACUCUCCCUAUUCUCCCUGGAAGAACCCUCCCCUCUUUAGGACCAGCUCUAGACUUUGCAUUCCAAGUCCCUGGCAUGGCUGUGAGUUCCUACGGGUAAGGGGUAAGUGCACAGUGUAUUUCCUGUGGCAGGGCUCAAUGCAACUAGGCACAGCUAAACUGAACCUUGGAAUUCUCAGAAGGGAGCUUCUGAAUAAAGGGGACUUGGGAAGUGGAAGUGGGGAAGGGUCUAGAACUGCAAGAGAACCUAGACCUGCAGUUCUGACCAGAGGGGCUGAGGGAAGUGAGAUGUGUUUAUGGGUGUGAUGAGUGGGUGCUGACCUUGGGGCUAGGGGUUGGGGGUAGUGGGGAGUCUGAAGAAGGCCAAGGUGCAAAUGGGCAGGUGUGGCAGAGCCUGAAAUGGUCAAAAUGAUCCGGCUUGGGGUCCUAGUGCCUGGGAAAGCUGUCCCCUUGAAUAUCAGAUGCCUGCUCUAAUGGAAGAGGCCUGGCUCUGAAGAGUGAAGACAGAUAUCAAAAUCCUGACCAGUGGUGGGGACCGAAGAAUUGGUCUCUGUUAAACACCCUCGGUGGCCCUGGGGCUAGGGGCAGGGGAGAUAUCAUCUGUUAACCUGGGAGUUAACAGAAAGGUUUCUGGCCAGCCAUAAGCUUUGGGUCUAUAAGAGGUGCAGGGCUGCUCUGACCAGGUUAGAAUAAAACUGAAAGUGAAAUAGAGGAUAGAGGCUGUAGUUUCCCGGAAAGGUUUCACUAUAUCAUCUUGCCUUUCCCAGAACCUGCUCUGGCCAAGGAGAGAGAACAUUGUUUCCCUUUGUGACGGGAAACUCCCUGGCUCCUCUUUGGGUCUCAGUGUCUCCAUCCUUAAUGAAGGAGUGAGAUUGGACUUGGUAACCAUCAUGAUACUAAUGGCAGUAAGGGUGGGGGUGGGGUCAGAUGGUCACUAGAUGAUUCCCCUCAGCUUUGUUUCUCAGUGCUGACAGAGCUUCAGUUUGUGCUGAUGGCUGAGUAACCAAUUAGGACAGAUGGACAGGACAGAGUAAACAGCGAUGCUGGCAGCUCCCUGAAAGGCCAGACCAAGGAAUGUGGAGUUUACAGAAGCCACAGCUAGGCUUGGCUCCUGUAACUCUGUGGCUAGGGCGCCAACAACAUACACCAGAGCUGGUGGAGGAAUCCAGCCCAGGGCUGCCAAACAACAAUGACAACUACCAAAAAAUAGCCAGGUGUUAUGGCAGGCACCUGUAGUCCCAGCUACUUGGGAGGCUGAGGCAAAAGAAUCACUCAAGCCCAAGAGUUUGAGGCUGCUGUGAGCUAUGACGUCACAGCACUCUACCCAGGGCAAUAGCUUGAGACACUGUCUAAAAAAAAAAACCACAGCUACUGAGAAAGUGGUGUAACCCCACCCCUCAGGGAAGAGGAUAAAGCCUCUUCUGACUGAGGAAAGGACAGUCACAGAGGCCAGCAGCUACUGACACAUGCAUCAUGACCAUGAGACAGAACUGGACAGCAGACCCCAGUCCUUUGUGGGUCCUGCCUCUGUGUGCCUAUAUCAUCACUAUCCUGGUCAGAGCCACACCUAUACCUCAGACGAGCACAGUUGCCACUGCCUCAGCUGGAAGUGUAAAGGACCCCUGCCCUUCCUGGACCUCAGUGCUGCCAGCAGCUAAGCGAUGCCCAGCAUUGGAGGUGAUCUGGCCAGAAGCAGAAGUGCCACUAAAUGGAACGCUGACCUUGUCCUGUACUGCCUGUAGCCACUUUCCACACUUCAGCAUCCUCUACUGGCUUGGCAAUGGUUCCUUCAUUGAACACCUCUCAGGCCCGCUGAGGGAGUGCAGCACCAGCCGUGAGCAUGGAAACACAAGCACGAGGCUGUGGAAGGCCUUGGUGCUGGAGGAGCUGAGCCCUGCCCUGCGCAGUACCAACUUCUCCUGUGUGUUCGUGGACCCUGCCCAGGUUGCCCAGCGUCACAUUGCCCUGGCCCAGCUCUGGGCUGGGCGGAGGACAAUUUUUCCCUCAACUCAAGAAGCCCUGCCCUCCAGCCAUAGCCCAGGGCCACAGCUGCCCACAUCAGCAGGGUUAGGAAUCAGCACAGAGCCAGCAACAGCAAGACCCUGACCAGUGCCUGGAAACCACCAAGACUGUCAGUGCCUUAGCAGUGUACUCAAGGGCCCCGCCUACAAUUCCUACAGGACUUUUCAGAGGCCCAGACAACUCCCAUGCCUCUGUUCCUUUGGUCCCCUCUUGCUCACCAUCCCAACAGGUGAACUCUGAACCCUGGCUGAAACACACCUUCUUUCAGUUUUGGCUGAAAGUCAUCUGCAUUGACUCCGUGUUUUUUUUUUUUUUUUUAGAGACAGAGUUUCAUUUUGUCGCCCUUGGUAGAGUGCUGUGGCAUCACAGCUCACAGCAACCUCCAGUUCUUGGGCUUAGGUGAUUCUCUUGCCUUAGCCUCCUGAGUAGCUGGAACUACAGGUGCCUGCCAUAAUGCCCAGAUAUUUUUUGGUUGUAGUUGUCAUUGUUUGGCAACCCGGGCUGGAUUCGAACCCGCCAGCUCUGGUGUAUGGCACCCUAGUCACUGAGCUACAGGCACCGAGCCAUGUUGUGUUAGUUUUUUGUUUUUUUUUUUUUGAGACAGUCUCACUUUGUCACCAUGGGUAGAGUGCCGUGGUGUCAUAGCUUACAGCAACCUCAAAUCUUGGGCUCAAGUGGUUCUCUUGCCUCAGCCUCCUCAGUAGCUGGGACUAUAGGUGCCUGCCAUAAUGCCUGGGUAUGCUUUUUUAGAGACAGGUUCUUGCUCUUGCUCAGUCUGGUCUCAAACUUUUUUUUUUUUUUGAGACAAGAGUCUCACUAUGUCGCCCUAGCUGCUGUGCUACAGGCACUGAGCCUGGUCUUGGAACUCUGGAGCUCAAACAGUCCACUCACCUAGGCCUCCCAGAGUUCUAGGAUCACAGGCAUGAACCACCACACCCAGCCCUGUGUGUGUUUUUUCUGAUCCACAACUGUGCGUGUCAUCCCCAGCAGGUCCCACAUGGAUCUUCAUAAAGAAUUGUUCAAUGGCGGCAUCUUGACGUCUGCUCAGUCAUUUAGGCCUCAGGUCUACCCACAGGAACAUCACCUAUCCCAGGAGGGAAUAUGGAAGAGUGGGACAGCUACUUAUAAGCUAAAGACAAAAUCAGAUUUAGGGGAAUGUAGGUCCUUGAAAAGAGACAAUAGCCCAUAAUGUUCCUUGGGAGCUAAGACCAGAAAUGACAUAUGGGAAAAGCCUGGGGAAGAUGUGGAAGACUCAGCU